AUGGGCAUAGCCACAAGGCGGCACCACACCUUACUUCAGUCACACAGUGAAGAUCGUCCUUGGCGUUGUGGGAGCAGCUGCUGCCAAAGUUACUCGAAUGAAUCUGUGCAGCUCCUGGCACCUGAGCGAAGGCAGGCAGCCAUUGGCCCAGGGGUUUCCUCUUGGCAGGCUCCGAGGAAGAAAAAGGCUGUCCUGGAAAAGGUGAAGCUCCGGAAGGCCUACCCCCCGGCAGAGGCGGAGGAGGGCGUGAAGAGAGUCAACAACAACGCGGACAGGGAGCGGACGUGCCGGCUGAUGUUUGGGGCCCGCGUGGCCGGCUACAACGGGACUCUGGGGCCGGAGUGCGGCAGCAAAGACCUGUUGAAUGUCUCCUUGCCACCCUACGCAGAGAAGUCCGUCCCGCUGCGCAUCCUUUACGAGAAGUAUGGCGGAUGCUUAACACAGGACAACAUGAUCAAGGCGAUGGCAGUCCUGCAGGACUACGAGACCAGAGAGAUCGUGCUCGGCGUCCGAAACAUCUACGUGAAAAACCCAGAUAUCAGAAUCAGGGUAAGGCAAUGCUGGCAUUUUUCUGCACAGCGCAGAACUUCUGGGCACUGAGAGAUGGGACCAGGAAAUGCAUGAUCUGGAAGGAAGGAAGGAAGGAAGGA